GAAUUGCGCAUGCCCACUAGAAAACUAGCUGUCACUCUGCACUAAGAGCAGAAAGAUGGAUAGUGAUGAGGCUCCAGCUCAGCGACCGGUCACUUUGGACAUCACUGUGGAAGAUGUCACCAAGGAAGCCCCUGACCCUCUGGAGCCAACCUCCAGCCAGGCCCCAAUCAGAGACCCCCUCCUUCCUCAGGAAGACAGCAUCGACCUAGGCGCGGAGUUUGUUACCCCCCAGGAGGACAGCAGUGCUACGCCCUCGGAGAGCCUGAUGGACAAGCUCAAUGACCAGAUGAUGGAGAGUGUCAUGAUUUCUGACUCGCCUAAUAACAGUGAGGAGGACGAUGUUGCUCCCAUUGACUCCUUUCUGGAUGGAGGAGUUGAGGAGGAAGAGACAGCAGAAGGGACUUUAGUGGACACACAGGAACAAAGUGAAAUUGGAAAUAAUACAACUGAGAUUACAGUUUCAGUUGAGGAACAGGAGAAGGGAGGAGAUGAAGAGAAAGUAGAGGAGGACAUAAAGGAGCAGACCGAAAGACAAGACCAAGCAGGAUCUUCUGUCCCUCCUCAAGGUGAUGAUCAAAGCCCGUCUGAUCCUAUAAAAGAGGAACCAGUUCAAGAAGAAGCUAAAGGGACAAGCCCAAAAGAUGAUCCUGUGCCUGUGUGCACCAUAUUCAGCCAGGGAACCCAGCCGAGGUCUUUGGUACCGGACGGCUUCCAGCCCACUCUCAUCAAAUCCCCAAGCUUUAGCAUGGGGAGUGGUGGGCCAAGCACUGAGGCAGUGACCCCCAGCAAGCAGACAACGCCCCUUAUGUGCCAGCCCAGCCCCAGCCUGAGUAAGUUCUUCACUGAUAAUGGACAGUGCAAUCCAGCUACUGACUUCUUUGAUUCCUUCACUGCCCCCUCCUCCUUUAUCUCCGUUACUAAUCCAAAUGCUGAUGUCCCCCCUGGCUCCAGCCCAGCACCUGUACCCCCAACACCGGAGCGUCAACUCUCCUCCACCUCCUCCUCAAUCUCCACCCCUGGGGGACCACUGGACUCAGGUGCCCCCACCCCUAGCUCAGUGUUCGCCCCUGCCCCAACUGAAUCAACCACUAAGACCCAGCCUCCUCCAGUCCAAGCAGUCCCAGCUCCCUCUCAAAUCCCGGUCAGUCAGCCGCAACCUUUUAACCAGAUGCAGGCUGUAUUCUCAGGCAGCGAUGACCCAUUUGCAAAAGCGUUGAGUCUGAGUGAAGUUGACAGACGCCAUGAUGCCUGGCUGCCAUCUGAGGAGACAAGGAAGGUGUUGAUUUCUGUUGCCACUCAGCAGUACAGCCCAGCCUACAUGGAGACCAACAGACUCACCAUGCCGGGACUCAAGUUUGACAACCUGCAGGGCGAUGCUGUGAAAGAUCUCAUGCUUCGUUUCCUGGGAGAACAGGCAGCAAUGAAGCGUCAAGUCCUCACUGCUAACUCUGUGGAACAGUCCUUUAACGGCCUCAAACAGCUCAUCAGCAGUAAGAACUGGCGCGCGGCGGUCGAUCUGACGGGCCGGCUGCUGACAGCUCAUGGUCAGGGAUAUGGAAAGGCUGGCCAACCAACCUCCCACACCACCGACUCGCUGCAGCUGUGGUUUGUGCGGCUUGCCCUCCUCACCAAACUGAACUUACACCAAAACGCUGAGCUGGAGUUUGAGCCCUUUGGCAACCUGGACCAACCGGACCUCUACUACGAGUAUUAUCCUGCUGUUUACCCCGGGAGACGAGGCUCCAUGGUGCCAUUCUCCAUGCGGCUGCUGCACGCCGAGCUCCCCCAGUACCUGGCCAAGCCCCAGGAGGCUCUGGACCGCCUGCACACUCUCAAAACCGUCUGCCUCGCUAUUCUGGAGAACUUGGAGAAAGGCUUGGCGGAGGAUGGCAGCAUGAUCACCUUAACACAGGAGAACAGGCAAGUGUCUCUGCAGCUGUGGAGGUCUCGUCUCAGCCGGGUCAUGUACUCCAUGGCCAACUGUCUGCUGCUGAUGAAGGACUAUGUUCUUGCUGUGGAAACGUAUCACUCCAUCAUCCAGUAUGAACCCCAGCAGAGAGUGCAGCUGCUCAGCGGCAUCGGACGCAUCUUCCUCCAGAUCGGAGACGUUAAGACAGCAGAGAGGUACUUCCAGGAUGCGGAGAAAGCCUGCCAGAUGAAAGGGAGCCAGCCCGCUCACACCACGUGUGUGCUGAUGAACAGGGCGUUUGUCUACCUCAGUCAGAACAACUACGGUGAAGCACAUGGAUCCUUCAAUGAAGUCUUGAAAAUUGACCCGAAGAACCCUGUUGCCAACAACAAUGCUGCGGUUUGUUUGCUCUAUCUUGGCCGUCUGAAGGAGUCCCUGGGUCAGCUGGAGGGUCUGGUGCAGCAGGACCCCGCCCAGUACCUCCACGAGAGCGUUCUCUUCAACCUGACCACCAUGUACGAGCUGGAGUCGUCCCGCAGCACGCAGAAGAAGCAGGCGCUGCUGGAGGCCGUGGCCUGCCGGGAGGGAGACAGCUUCAAUACGCAGUGUCUCAAACUGGUCUGAGAGGCAAGAGGAGGAACUGAAACAACACAUAAACACACACACAUGGACACACCCUCUCCUCUUGUGUGAAAGGGAAUAAAAGCCAAGAGUCACAUCCAUGGAGGAGUGAGAAAGCUCCUGUCCCUGUGAGUGUAGAGAUGGAAUGAUGAAUGUUUUGCUUAUUUCCAACAGCAAGCUGUCACAAGGAAUUCUGUUUUUAAUGCUAUUAAAUGUGUUUGGGGUAAGGUUCUCUCUGUAGACUCACAGAGGAUGUCUUGUCCGUCUGAAAGAUGAAGAAUGACAAAAAAUUGGUCACGUGCAGAAAAAUCUACUCACAUGAGUCCUGUCAGUGCAGGAGGUUAUCAGAUUAUUUUAACAGAUUAAAGGAAUAGUUUGACAUUUUUGAUAUUGGAAUUUAACAAACGUCACAUACAGGAGCUUUUCAAAAACUUUGGUUUUGUGCUGUGAAAAAUAGUUCCAUUUAGAGAUUUUGGCUUAUUUCUUGAAGGAUUUGGACCAAUUGCAACUCUAGAUUCCAGCAAACUGUGAAACUAUCUUUUGGAUAGUUUGCCUUUAUUUGAUAGGAGAGCUUAACACUAACAAAAAUGGAGGAAGACAUGCACCAAGACUGGGAGUCGAUCCCACGACCUGUGCAUUGAUGACUUUAGCCUCUGCUCUAUUCACUGAGCUACUUCUAAAAUGACUUUCUAAGUAACUUCAUUUUCAACAAUAAUGUAAAGGACACCAGGAAGAAUUUGUGGAGUUCUCAGCUGCCCCAACACUUGAGAUAAACUUAACCUAGCUGGAUAAAAGGAAAGUACACAGUACACUAACUUUUUUUCAUGAAUAGUCAUCCUUUGUGUAGACACCCUACACAAAUUCACUUUUUGUGCAAAAGACAUAGUCCUCAUAUUGAGCUGGGGCAUGAUUUUCCCACCCCCUAUCUCACUUUUUGCUGUUAGGAGUUUUGGAGGGGUUUUUUUUUUUGUUAGUGUGACCUUCAUCCUGCAGGUUUCAGUCCUCUAAGAAAUGCUAAACAACGACCCCCUCUUCUUUGAACGUAAGAUUUGUCUUUUUCAUUUUAUCAACAGAUAAAAGCAUACAAGGUAAUCUCCCAGAAUUGUCAAACUAUUCCUUUAGUUUAUUUAAUGUUAAUCAAAGAAAUUCUCUCCUCACAAACACAAAGAAGGCAAAGCAUUAUGGGACAGGAGGAGAUGCUUGGUUUUAAGGGAGCUGCAGGUUCAUAGCACGAGUCUUUACAGGGGCAUUAUCCUGAGCGUCAGUGCGCUUUAAGACAUCACACAGAGAUUCUUCAUCAGCACAUCCAUGGAUUUAAAGUAAAAAACCACUCCACUAAAACAGCAUGGGUCAUCAUUAACCCAUGCUGUAAGAAUAAACAAGCCCUUCUGAUUGCAUCACUUCCUGUCCACUACACAGCAUUGUAAAUGUGUACAUAUCAUAAAGGCUGAUGUUGCUUCUGUUUAAAUAAUGAUAUCAUAAGUAAUGGAGUUAAUUUUUAUAGUGAUUUUGUCCUGGUGGAUCUCUAAUUAUCACUGUUUACAUUCUGACCUGAUCAUAUUAAUGUAUAUUAUUUUAAAUGACUUGUUUUUAUCCUAAAUAAAAUGUGCUUUUAAAUCA